ACUGACGAUUUUAACUAUCUGCGGUGGAGCGCGUUGCUGCUCUGUACACGCAGGACUUCCCAGGCUGUUCGGGGCUUCGGUGGCAGGAGGCUGUGGCGCAUUUUAGUAGUUUACUUCGGACCUUUGACAAGUAAAACUACAUCUGCGAAAAGUUUUGCAGUAUCGUUGGGGAAAGUUGGGAACCUUGAAAGUCAGUUUGUAAGAAACUUUCCAGAAAGUUUUGCGAACAUGGAUGAGCACGUUUCUUCUACAACCGCUAACCCCGAGAGUGAAAUCGACAAACUUACGCACGAUUUGGGGUCGGGAGACAGUGACACAGAGGUGCUAGAAGAUAACGAAGCUCUGGCUAAAAACCAUGUAGAUGAAGACGAUUUGUCGGAACCAGAGGAAAAUGAGAGGCACAUAGCCGCGGAGGAUCCGCCUAAAGAAACGUUUUUGGAAUCUCCUCCUGGCCCGGAGCCCCAAGAAGUCACAGAGCCCGAGGCACCGUUGCCUACUUACAGCGCUGUUGCAGAUUCCACGGAGGAGCCGACACAGUCUGACACUGAAGACACAACUCCCGAACCAGAAAAAGAAGAAACAAUUGAACCUACAACGGAAGAUACAAUCCCUCAGCCCGAAACUGAAGCUACAACUGUCCUGCCCGAACCAGAAGACAUAAUUCACCGACCAGAUACACCCACAGAGGCACCUGUGAGUCUACCGAAAGAGUCGCCUGCGUCGGAGUCUGCAGCACCUCAUGAACCCAUAAUCUCUUCCUCUGCUCCAUCUCCACCUCAGCCACUGUCCUCUGCAGCACACAUGGAUGCUCCAUACCAUCAGCCUCAGGACCUCGUAAAAGAUAUGGAUGACAUGUCUAAAGACUUGUUUUCCUCAAAGUCAUCUCGGUAUGAAACCAACGCGCUCUCCAGCAAAGCAGACGCAGGCGAUGAUUUUCUAUUUGAGAGGAAGUCGUCUGCCUCCUCAAAUAAUCCUUUCCAGAGCUUUGCCCCCGUAGAUGAUUCUCGCGGUGACCUUCCUCUUUUUGUGGAGGCUGUGUCUGACGGGACUGGAAGGAUGACUGAGAGUCCUACGCCAGAUCUGGUGCAAUAUGCUCAUGAUGGUGAAGCGCCAGAGAGCGCUUCAGCCAAGCACACAAAAGAACCUCCUGCUGACCUGGUCCGUAAAAUCUCGGAUGCAAUCGCGGAAGCAUCUGAACAGUCCGACCCUCCCAACCUCCCAACAUCUGCCCGGGAGCUCAGGACCCCACCCUCUCUCCCGGAUAUCUUGAAGUUGUCUCCCCUGAACCCCGACAAGGAGGACUCCGGUUCGUCGGAGGCCAGCUCCGACUCGGAACGCAGUCCCGCGCGGCGGCUUCGUAACGCCACUCAUCCGGCCCUGAACUCCUUCAGCUUCGACGCAAAGGUCCUGCUCCUGAAGGAGAUGGCGGAGGAGACGGAAGCGCGAGCGGCGGAGAAGAAGAGGAAGCAGGAGGCCGCCGCAGCCCUGGAGCGGAGGGCCAACGCCUUCGAUCUCGUGAGAGACGCCAAGACCACCGCCGCCGAGGGUAAAGGUCUCCAAUCAACGACGGGAAACGACUGGAUGUUCUCGAGCAAAGCUUCGGAGAAAUUGGCAGAUGACAAACCAGAGUCUCCCAUCCACCCGUCAUCCGUGAACCUCCCACCAAGCCCUCCUUCUAAAAGUGUUGUGCCUGUAGGAUCGGACUGGGGAGGCCCCAUAACCGACUUCCUGUCUCCGGUCUUGGGUGCGACGGCGAAGAUUCCACAGAGCUCUGGAGUGAAGCUGGAGAGCCGGUGUAUGAAGGACUCCAAAGCGCCGCUCCAAAGGGAGGUCAAGGGGCUAUUCGGCGAGGAACCCGAAGCUCUGGAAGAGGUAUCCGAGCACGAGGCCUCCUCGGACGAGUUUGAGUUUGUGGAGAGACCUCCCAAGGGCGCGAUCGACGAGUUCUUAGAAACCCUAGACAGCUCGAAGCUCGCCAAGGCACCGGAGAGGGGUAUGGAGUACCACUUGCCAACUUUCGGGCUGAGCUGGAUGCCGGUCUCGGGGGCCGAGCCAGAGUCGCAGGAAGUCGCCUCGUCUCAAACGGCCGGCCUCUUUUCGAGCCAGCCCGCACCCGGGCCUUCGCCGCAGAUGUUCAAAGCAGACCUGGAACAAUCGAAGCUUCCUUCGGAGAGUUUUGCGCAUGACGUCCAGAAGCUCUCCCCCGUUUCGCAUGAGCCCCACACCCGCCCGACCCCAGAAGAGCUACCGAAGCCCAGGCCCCUACACGAUGCCCCUGAGGACCCAACGGCCGAUUCCACGGCCCCACACGGAGCUCCAGCACCUGCCAGGUUGCCCAGUCUGAAGACAGAACAAGUGGUGGAUCUCCUGUACUGGAGGGAUAUUAAGACGACGGGCGUGGUGUUUGGAGCCCUGCUCUUCCUCCUCCUCUCCCUCACCGUGUGCAGCAUCGUCAGCGUCUGCUCCUACGUGGCCCUGGCCCUGCUGUCCGUCUCCAUCUCCUUCCGCAUCUACAAGGGCAUCCUCCAGGCCGUGCAGAAGUCUGACGAGGGACACCCCUUCAAGGUGUAUCUGGACCAGGACGUGGCUCUCCCAGAGGACUCGGUGCACCAGUACAGCGACCUGGCCCUGGAGCGCAUCAACGUGUGGAUCGUGGAGCUCCGCCGUCUCUUCCUGGUCGAGGACCUGGUGGACUCCCUGAAGUUUGCUGUGGGUAUGUGGGUGUUGACCUACGUUGGUGCCUUGUUCAACGGUCUGACUCUCCUCAUCUUGGUUCUGAUUGGAGUGUUCAGCUGCCCGGUUAUCUAUGAGAAAAAUCAGAAACAGAUCGACCAUUAUGUGGAGCUUGUAACCGGACAAGUCAAAGACGCAUUCGGGAAGGUCCAGGCCAAGGUCCCCGGACUGAAGCGCAAGUCGGAAUAAGGACAGGAUGCUGCAGACCGCGUCUCUGGGACGUCUCUGGGAGGGGGUGGGGGGGGGGUCAGGGGUCAGGGGUUGUAACCCCGCACUUGUAAUAUUCACAUCUUUCAACUUUCCAGUUUAGCCGUUCUCGAGUGUUAUGGGGGAAACUAAACUCAGCCUGUCACCGGGUCUCGACUCACCAGCUCAGUAUUGUUUGCCACUACACGAGAAACUGAAAACUUUAUUUAUGGUGUUUAAAACACUGGGGUUUGCCUUUGGGACGGAGCGAGGGAGAACUGCGGAUAGCAGCAGAGAUUAUUGACGGUUGGGGCCAGUACAGAGCGGAGGUGUGUGUGAGCGGGGGGGGGGGAGGGGUGUUGUUUUUGUUUCUUUUCCUUUGUCACCCGGUUUGUUCGAAGGAUGGUGGUUUUUCUUUUUUCUUUUUUUUCAAGGGGGAGAGAAAAAAAGAUUGAUUUGGUACCAUUAUAGCGAGAACUCGGAGUACCUAAACUGAUUUUUUUUUUUUUUUUUUUGGUAUAAUAAAGAGAUGUAGUGGUUAUUGUGAUUUUACAGUUUUAUUGAUUAUGUAGUGUUCCACACAGAGCUUCUAGCCUGUUCUGCAGCUCCACAUCACGUUUCCUAAAGCCCGCCACCACGGCUUCCUGUCCCUCCUGCCUCCUCUACUUCCUGCUUCUGGGUACACGUAGGAACAUGUAGCAUUUCAGCGGUAAAAGAGCGUUUUACCGUCCAUGUGGUCACCUGACCUCCGCUGAGCCCCCCCCCCCCCACCCCCCAUCACUGCUGCCUCCUCUAACUUUGGAAGAACACGUUUACAAUCAUGGACUUCAAGAAAGAUGAAUGAAUAUAUAAGAAUAUGAAUAAACCCUGCUGUCUAUCUGUGGAACCAAUAUGUAAAAGCUGCAGACUUAUCUAAGUUGGAAACGUGAGAAGCAUUUGUUUGUUAUGCGAGUAAUAUUGUGAAUGAACCUCUACACAGAUGUGCUCUGCUUGGGGCCCCUGUGGAUGCCUUGUGAAAUGUAAACAACCAAUAAAGCUCAUAGACAAA